CGACAGCACGCGGCGGGUGACUGACUACGCAGGAUGGGACGAUGUCGGCAAUCAGCCACCCAAGGCAAGGCCUUACCAUCAUGUUUGGUUCGGCGUUCUACUGAGUAUACGUCAUAUCACUCCACCACCUCCCCCUGCCACGACUGUACUGCUCAUCUCUGCCGCAGUCUCCUCCGCAGCCACCAGCUUACACCUCGACUCCAACGUCAUCUCCAUCGCCUUCGCCUUCUUCAUCCUCGUCUCUCACUCUUACUCACCAGCUGACCUGCACGAUGCAGAUUCCCCUCGGCCUCCGCCCCAGCCUUCCGCUCGGAGGUGACCCGCUCGCCCUCCCAAGCUUCCUCACUGCCCUCUGCAUCCCAGCGUGCUACAUCGCCAACCACAUCACGGGAAACGUCUCGUCCGUAGACCGCAUCUACACGACAUGGCCAGUACUCUGCUCCAUUCUUGUCGGGAGCUGGGCGCGCGGCCCGCUCGUGGCUAGCUUGCCUCGCGUCGCCCUCGCCAUCCUCAUCCAGUUCGUCUGGUGCGCACGCUUAACCCACCACUCCGCACGCCGCGGAUUCUAUGACCGACACAUGGAAGACUACCGCUACCCGAUUGUCCGCCGCCUCGUGCCCAAGUGGUUCUUCGAGAUUGUGGUGCACAUCUUUGCCGUUGUCGUCGCCCAGCCUCUCCUCCUCUUGACGCUGUCCUUCCCCAUCGCUGCCAUGCUCCUGCCUCCUUCGCAGCUCUCCACCGGCCCCUUCCCAGACUGGCACGUCACGCUCAACUUCUUCCGCCCCCUCUGGUCCACGGCUCUCAAGCACAACAUCCCUCUCGACACGCCGGUUCUCCACGCCGGCGACGCCAUCGCCGCGCUCCUCGCCCUCGGCGCCGUGUUGAUGCAGAAGAAGACGGACGACGCGAUGUACGAGUACCAGGAGGCCAAGCAUGCCGCCAUCAAGGCCAAAGGCACUCCGCGACCCGAGGACACGGGCGUGCCCCAGCCCGCCGAGGUGCCCGCCGAGUUUUUCCCCGGCUUCCCCACGAAGGGCAUCCACGCCGUCAUGCGACACGCCAACUUCACCGGCGAGCAGAGCUUCUGGCUCGCACAGGGCCUAUUGGGCCUCGGGGCGGGGCCGGUCGCGCCGCGCGUGGGCACAUGCCUCCUCCCACCUUUCAUGCUCAGCCUCCUUUUCCUUGCCUCGACUACGCUGACCGAGUGGAUCACGAGCCACAGGUACCCAGCGUACAACGCGUACAAGCAGCUCGUGGGGCAGUUCACGCCGAUGGAGACGGUCUUCAAGUACAUCUGGACGACGGUGCGCGGGACUCGGGCCGGGCUACAGGCCCAGCUGCGCGCGCCGACGCGCGAGGAGUAGAGCAAGCGGGC